AUGGCCCACACUUGCCGUGGCACCAUCUCCCUGACCACUGCACACAUUGAGGUGGGUGACGCGUGCCACCUGGUGCUGACCAGCGGGGGGCGGAGCUACCACCUGAAGGCCACCUCAGAUGGGGAGAGUCAGCGCUGGGUCUCUGCCCUCCAACAGGCUAAGGCCAACGCCAGUCACAUGAUGCACCAAUCAGGUGAGAGACAGUGGAAAAUCAUAUGUUUGGGUGGAUUUGGAUGUUUUAAAUGGGAGAGUGGGUGAAGAAUGCUUAGCCUACAUUCAAAAUAAAGUGUGACAACACUGUAGGAUUUGUGGCCUUACUGCUGUACACAACACAGUGAUUUGUGACUUGAAAGGAAUUAGAAUAUACAUUAUGAAAAAGUGAUGACAAAGUAUUAUAAGAGUAGGAUAUUUUACCUUUGGCUUACUUCUCAUUGGAGGUGAAAAUGUAUAUUGGGACAGUAACUGUCAAAGCAUCCACUACUUGCAGGUUCUAUUUUUGAAAUGUUCAAGUUUAAGGACCUGAGGUAAACAAAUCUAAUAAUGUAGCAUUCUGUGUCAAGGUUAUCAGUGUCAUUUAUACAAUCAACCACAAGGUGGUGGACUUGCUCAAUACAUGUUGACCGUUUGGGACAAGUGUUCCUGUUUUCUCUAUAUAUAAUGCAACAUUUGACUAAUUAUUGUGGUGGUUGGUUCUGUUCCCAUUAAACCCUCCAAUGGAGACUGUCAGUUAUCAGUCAUUUCAACAAGCUAUCAUGUGGCUUUUUUGCUCAUUGCAUUGCUAAGUGGGCACACUGCUCUAGUGUCCUUGAGAGUUCAUUGUCUUGAUUGAACUGUGUAAUUCUGAGCUGUCUCCACCGAUUGCUGGUUUAAGUCCCGGUCUCUGAUUUGCACUUCGUGAGCUUGUGGAAAAGAGGGUGACUGCCAAGGAUAGUGCAAGGGCACAGCUUGUAAGAUACCUCUCUCUUUCUCAUCUCGCUCUCUGCCCUACAUCUAAUUUUCAUCUUCCCUCACACACUUACUCUCUCUUUCCCUCUCUACCCCUCCCUCUGUGUCUCGCUCUCCCUCCCGCUCCCUUUUGUCUGAGUAUGACGACAGCCAGAGUUGAAUGAAGUGACCUUCCAGCAUUUAUACUCCUCCUCCCACUGCUAUGGAGAGAGAGAGAUGCUUCAUAUUUCCAUUGAGACAAUUUUCUCUCCGUCUGCACAGUAGAGAAAGAGAUUGAGUGCAGCCUCCUAAUGAGUUUUCCUCUGUGAGUAUUUAUUACCUGCAAUAAUGAUAUUGAGGAAAGAAUUGUCAAGUAAGCUAUAGUGGAGGGGUUGGUGUGUGUACGUGUGAAUGGAUUCAUUCCCUGUGUGGUACUAUAAGGUAUUUUUUUCCUCAUGGUAAUAGACUUUGACAGUCAGUGGGGUAGACUGAUUUCUGUCUGGGACUUUACUAGUGUGUUUGACUAUUAACUGUGGCAGAUUUUCCAGUAGUAUUGCAGAAGUCUGAUGAGCUGAGCACCAAUAAACGUCAUUGGGGCCCUUUUUUCAUUUAUUAGCUGCACAAUGGAACAAAUGUGAUUACCUGAUUAUUAAAUGUUAUUUGGUAUCUUUUAUGUGUUCGCUUCUCUAUUGCGGCAAUGCUUAGUCAAAGCUCUAUCUUUUUAGCUCCUUACUGAUUUGAACUGACCUAAAUAUGACAGAUGGUGGUAAUAGAUCUAUUACAUGUAAUGCACGUUUUUCUACAGAUAGGGUUUAUGUCUUAUUUUCUCAGGGCUCUGCAUUCAUUCAUAGGAGAGGGGUGUGCCUCUGCCUCAUUCCCCAGUACUCUUACCCUCUGGAGGGGUUGUUUGUCAGUGUAUGCUUGUGUUUAUGGACAUCUGUUUCUUUAUUUAACCUUUAUUUAACGAGUCAGUUAAGGACAUUCUUACAGCCUGGCGAGUGGUGAGUCAGGCAAGUCAGUUGAGAACAGCUUCUUAGAUCAGUGUGUGUGUGUGAGGGGGAAGUGAGUGUAUGGGCUAUGUGUGUGUUCUACUGAUGAUUAUAACAGUAGAGGUCUUCAGUAAUAAGAUUCUAGGUGGUAAUAGAUGGACACACCAGUUGUUUUAACUGGAUUGUAGUUCUGCUGUGAUCAUCAUCUGUCAGGGUCUUAUUGUAUCACCUUUCAAACCAAGACGUUUUGCCGCCAACUUUAGCAUUCUGCUGACUUUUCUUUAUAUCUGAAAGGUAUUGCCGGCAACAAAGCCUGUACUUUUAUUUCCGCCAACCGACCUAGUCAUAAUUGCGGUAAUAUGUUUAUAAGUCCCGCCAACCCCUCAAUAUAAAGUAUUCAUACCCCUUGACUUACAGUUCCUUCAGAAAGUAUUCAUACCCCUUGACUUAUUCAAAAUGUUGUUGUUACAGCUUGAAUUCAAAAUAGAUUAAACAGAUUUUGUUUUCACCCAUCUACACACAAUACCCAUAAAUUACAAAGUGAAAACAUGUUUUUAGAAAUGUUUGAAAAUUAAAAACAGAAAUAUCUUAUUUACAUAAGUAUUCACACCACUGAGUCAAUACAUUUACAUUACAUUUACGUCAUUUAGCAGACGCUCUUAUCCAGAGCGACUUACAAAUUGGUGCAUCUUUGGCAGCGAUUACAGCUGUGAGUCUUUUUUUGGGUAAGUCUCUAAGAGCUUUACACACCUGGAUUGUGCAACGUUUGCCAAUUUAUUAUUUUCAGAAUUCUUCAAGUUCUAUCAAAUUGGUUGUUGAUCAUUGCUAGACAACCAUUUUCAGGUCUUGCCAUAGAUUUUCAAGUAGAUUCAGUGGUCAAAAAAGUACCCAAUUGUCAUACACAUACUGUGUGUGUGCAACAGAGUGAGUUAGAGAGACAUAACUAUUUGAGAUAAUAUUUUGAUUAAGAGUUACAAAAUAGAGCUAUUGCCAGUGGUGGAAAAAGUACCCAAAUGUCUUACUUGAGUAAAAGUAAAGACACCUUAAUAGAAAAUGACUCAAGUAAAAGUGAACGUCACCCAGUACAAUACUACUUGAGUAAAAGUCUAAAAGUAUUUGGUUUUAAAUAUAAGUAUCAAAAGUAAAUGUAAUUGCUAAAAUAUACUUAAGUAUCAAAACUAUAAAUCAUUUCAAAUGUCUUAUAAGCAAACCAGACGGCACAAUAUUCUAGUUUUUUUAAUUUACGGAUAGCCAGGGGCACACUCCAGCACUAAGACAUCAUUUACAAAUGACGUAUUUAUGUUUAGUGAGUCCGCCAGAUCAGAGCCAGUAGAGAUGACCAGGGACGUUCUCUUGAUAAGUGUGUGAAUUGGACCAUUUUCCUGUCCUGCUAAGCCUUAGAAAUGUAACGAGUACUUUUGGGUGUCAGGGAACAUAUAUGGAGUAAAAAGUACAUAAUGUUCUUUAGAAAUCUAGUGAAGUAAAAGUUGUCAUCAAUAUAAAUAGUAAAGUACAGAUACCCCCAAAAACGAUUUAAGUAGUACUUGAAAUUAUUUUUACUUAAAUCUACUCAGUGGUGUAAAGUACUUAAGUCAGACCUGUAACUCGGCCACUCAGGAACAUUCACUGUCUUCUUGGUAAGCAACUCCAGUGUAGAUUUGGCCUUGUGUUUUAGGUUAUUGUCCUGCUGAAAGGUGAAUUAAUCUCCCAGUGUCUGAAGGAAAGCAGACUGAACCAGGUUUUACUCUAGGAUUUUGACUGUGCUUAGCUCCAUUUUUCUUUUUUAUCCUGAAAAACUCCCCAGGCCCUAACGAUUACAAGCAUACCCAUAACAUGAUGCAGCCACCACUAUGCUUAAAAAUAUGGAGACUCCAGGCGUCCUUCUUUUCACUCUGUCAAUUAGGUUAGUAUUGUGGAGUAACUACAAUGUUGUUGAUCCAUCCUCAGUUUUCUUAUAUCAUAACCAUUAAACUAUAACUGUUUUAAAAUCACCAUUGGCUUAAUGGUGAAAUCCCUGAGCAGUUUCCUUCUUCUCCAGCAACUGAGCUAGGAAGGACACCUGACUGGGUGUAUUGAUACACCAUCCAAAGCCUAAUUAAUAACAUUAUGGGGUAUUGUGUGUAGAUCAGUGACACAAAAUCUCAAUUGAAUUAAUUUUAAAUUCAGGCUGUAACACAACAAAAUGUGGAAAAGUAAAGGGAUAUGAAUACUUUCUGAAGGCACUGUAAAUGUCCACUCGUAACACCAUACAGUAGCUCACACCACCUGUCUCUCCUCUUUCCUUACUCCUUCGCCUGGCAUCUUUCCUCUCUCCAUCCCCAUUGUGGGUUCCCUCUCCAUCACAUGUAGGGCCGGAUCACUGUGAGUCACACAUGAGUCAUUCAGAUGUAUGAGUCAGGGCCAUCUCUAUCAAUUAUCUGCUGACAUGUUUUCCUCUGACUCCCACACAUGACAGAUGAUGUGUACUUAACUAUCGUACAGACAAACAUACCAUGCAGCACUCCUCCUCUCCUGCUGUGUGGCAGAAAUUACUCACAGUCCAUUUAGACUAUAUUAUCAAAGUCCAUUUAGACUACAUUAUCACAGACAUUUCCUAGGAGGGGUGUGCUUCGAUACAGAGUCACAGGUUUGGUGACUAUGCUAAUGAAGUUGUACACUGGUAUCAUAGCAGCACCAUGUAGAGCAGCUGUCGGAGGUAUGUGUGUGUGUGACAGAGUGAGGGAUAUCUUCUGGGUGCUCUUAUCUGUCUCUCUCCCCAUGUGCUGUAUAUGGGUCAUCGGACCACUGCAGAUGCCUGAAGGAGUUUUCACUCUCUUUCGUUUUAAUCUUCUUCCCCAGAGAGCUCACAAAUCCAGUUUCCUCUGAUAGUUUUUUCUCUAAUAACAGCAUGGGAGUUCUUCACUGUGGUCUGGCGCUCCAAGGCUGCUCUGACUGACACUGGCCUUGAUUCAGACAACCUGCCUGGGAGAUUGUAGCUUAUAUAUGCAUGCAUGUGUCACGUGAAGCAGGCAAAGGCCCAGAUCUGUGUUUUUACAGUAGGAUCUACUGUAGGUAUUUGUGAUAUUUACAUUUUUUAUACUGACAUUUACUUUUUUAAACUUUUUUUUUUUUUAGUGGGUAGAUCAGCUUUAACUUCCAUCAGAUACAGUAAGGGAAAAAAGUAUUUGAUCCCCUGCUGAUUUUGUACGUUUGCCCACUGACAAAGAAAUGAUCAGUCUAUAAUUUUAAUGGUAGGUUUAUUUGAACAGUGAGAGACAGAAUAACAGCAAAAAAAUUCAGAAAAACGCAUGUCAAAAAUGUUAUGAAUUGAUUUGCAUUUUAAUGAGGGAAAUAAGUAUUUGACACCCUCUCAAUCAGAAAGAUUUCUGGCUCCCAGGUGUAUUUUAUACAGGUAACGAGCAGCGAUUAGGAGCACACUCUUAAAGGGAGUGCUCCUAAUCUCAGCUUGUUACCUGUAUAAAAUACACCUGUCCACAGAAGCAAUCAAUCAAUCCGAUUCCAAACUCUCCACCAUGGCCAAGACCAAAGAGCUCUCCAAGGAUGUCAAUGAUCAUGAGAACGGUGAGGAAUCAGCCCAGAACUACACAGGAGGAUCUUGUCAAUGAUCUCAAGGCAGCUGGGACCAUAGUCACCAAGAAAACAAUUGGUAACACACUACGCCGUGAAGGACUGAAAUCCUGAAGCGCCCGCAAGGUCCCCCUGCUCAAGAAAGCACACAUACAGGCCCGUCUGAAGUUUGCCAAUGAACAUCUGAAUGAUUCAGAGGAGAACUGGGUGAAAGUGUUGUGGUCAGAUGAGACCAAAAUCGAGCUCUUUGGCAUCAACUCAACUCGCCGUGUUUGGAGGAGGAGGAAUGCUGCCUAUGACCCCAAGAACACCAUCCUCACCGUCAAACAUGGAGGUGGAAACAUUAUGCUUUGGGGGUGUUUUUCUGCUAAGGGGACAGGACAACUUCACCGCAUCAAAGGGACGAUGGAUGGCGCCAUGUACCGUCAAAUCUUGGGUGAGAACCUCCUUCCCUCAGCCAGGGCAUUGAAAAUGGGUUGUGGAUGGGUAUUCCAGCAUGACAAUGACCCAAAACACACGGCCAAGGCAACAAAGGAGUGGCUCAAGAAGAAGCACAUUAAGGUCCUGGAGUGGCCUAGCCAGUCUCCAGACCUUAAUCCCAUAGAACAUUUGUGGAGGGAGCUGAAGGUUUGAGUUGCCAAACGUCAGGCUCGAAACCUUAAUGACUUGGAGAAGAUCUGCAAAGAGGAGUGGGACAAAAUCCCUCCUGAGAUGUGUGCAAACCUGGUGGCCAACUACAAGAAACGUCUGACCUCUGUGAUUGCCAACAAGGGUUUUGCCACCAAGUACUAAGUCAUGUUUUGCAGAGGGGUCAAAUACUUAUUUCCCUCAUUAAAAUGCAAAUCAAUUUAUAACAUUUUUGACAUGUGUUUUUCUGGAUAUUUUUGUUGUUAUUCUGUCUCUCACUGUUCAAAUAAACCUACCAUUAAAAUUAUAGACUGAUCAUGUCUUUGUCAGUGGGCAAACGUACAAAAUCAGCAGGGGAUCAAAUACUUUUCCCCCUCACUGUAUAUACUUAUUAUGAACACAGUAUGCUUUACAUUAGUUAUCUUGUUGUUAUUAGUUGUUGUUAUUAGUCCCAUCCUUCAGCUCCAUUCAACACCUCCCAUAUUGGAUUUUACAAAAGUUCUGAAUCUUUCUAUUCUCAUUGUUUCUACAGAUUGUAAAUUGAAUAUAAACAUUUUUGCUAAAAGUAUUAUUAUAUUAUUGAUCGAUUGACUAUGACUUUUCAGAUCACCCAGUAGUGCUAUCUGCAGGGUUAGCUCCAGGUAAAUAUUGCAAUCCUUUAGCCAUUCCUGGACCUGUGUCCAAAAACAAGCUACAAAUGGACAGUACCAAAACAAAUGAUCUAAUGAUUCUGUCUCUUCGCAGCAAAAUCUGCAGAGCUGGGAAGAUUGUAUCCCCCAUAUAAAUAACAUUCUAUAGCAAGAAUUUUAUAUAAUAAUUUUAAUGGAAAAAUUCUAAGUUUUGAAUCCGCCGUUGUUUUGCGUAUCAAUUCCCAACUAUUUUGCAAUCUAUAUGGGACGGCUGUCAAUCAUUUGGUCCUUCAAUGAAACUGGUAUACUUUUUUAUUUAUCACAAUUUUCUUUAACCAAUUACAGUGGGGGAAAAAAGUAUUUAGUCAGCCACCAAUUGUGCAAGUUCUCCCACUUAAAAAGAUGAGAGAGGCCUGUAAUUUUCAUCAUAGGUACACGUCAACUAUGACAGACAAAUUGAGAGAAAAAGAUCCAGAAUAUCACAUUGUAGGAUUUUUUAUGAAUUUAUUUGCAAAUUAUAACCCUAACCUACAAACAAGCAAGAUUUCUGGCUCUCACAGACCUGUAACUUCUUCUUUAAGAGGCUCCUCUGUCCUCCACUCGUUACCUGUAUUAAUGGCACCUGUUUGAACGUGUUAUCAGUAUAAAAGACACCUGUCCACAACCUCAAACAGUCACACUCCAAACUCCACUAUGGCCAAGACCAAAGAGCUGUCAAAGGACACCAGAAACAACAUUGUAGACCUGCACCAGGCUGGGAAGACUGAAUCUGCAAUAGGUAAGCAACUUGGUUUGAAGAAAUCAACUGUGGGAGCAAUUAUUAGGAAAUGGAAGACAUACAAGACCACUGAUAAUCUCCCUCGAUCUGGGGCUCCACGCAAGAUCUCACCCCGUGGGGUCAAAAUGAUCACAAGAACGGUGAGCAAAAAUCCCAGAACCACACGGGGGGACCUAGUGAAUGACCUGCAGAGAGCUGGGACCAAAAGUAACAAAGCCUACCAUCAGUAACACACUACGCCGCCAGGGACUCAAAUCCUGCAGUGCAAGACGUGUCCCCCUGCUUAAGCCAAUACAUGUCCAGGCCCGUCUGAAGUUUGCUAGAGUGCAUUUGGAUGAUCCAGAAGAGGAUUGGGAGAAUGUCAUAUGGUCAGAUGAAACCAAAAUAUAACUUUUUGGUAAAAACUCAACUUGUCGUGUUUGGACGACAAAGAAUGCUGAGUUGCAUCCAAAGAACACCAUACCUACUGUGAAGCUUGGGGGUGGAAAAAUCAUGCUUUGGGGCUGUUUUUCUGCAAGGGGACCAGGACGACUGAUCCGUGUAAAGAAAGAAUGAAUGGGGCCAUGUAUCGUGAGAUUUUGAGUGAAAACCUCCUUCCAUCAGCAAGGGCAUUGAAGAUGAAACGUGGCUGGGUCUUUCAGCAUGACAAUGAUCCCAAACACACCGCCCGGGCAACGAAGGAGUGGCUUCGUAAGAAGCAUUUCAAGGUCCUGGAGUGGCCUAGCCAGUCUCCAGAUCUCAACCCCAUAGAAAAUCUUUGGAGGGAGUUGAAAGUCCGUGUUGCCCAGCGACAGCCCCAAAACAUCACUGCUCUAGAGGAGAUCUGCAUGGAGGAAUGGGCCAAAAUACCAGCAACAGUGUGUGAAAACCUUGUAAAGACUUACAGAAAACGUUUGACCUGUGUCAUUGCCAACAAAGGGUAUAUAACAAAGUAUUGAGAAACUUUUGUUAUUGACCAAAUACUUAUUUUCCACCAUAAUUUGCAAAUAAAUUCAUUUUCUGGAUUUUUUUUCCUCAUUUUUUCUGUCAUAGUUGACGUGUACCUAUGAUGAAAAUUACAGGCCUCUCUCAUCUUUUUAAGUGGGAGAACUUGCACAAUUGGUGGCUGACUAAAUACUUUUUUCCCCCCACUGUAGAAAAAGUGAUAUUUGGGAGAUUAUUUCCUUUUCAAAUAACUGAAAGUGAGAGGUUGUAAUCUGAAUAAAGGGAAAAAAGGCAAUUCUUGAACAUUGGGUGAGACAAUCUUACUAAUUUGCUAGAGAACCAGUUCGGAUUUAAGUAUAACUUUUGUAUGACUGAAGCUUUUAGUGAUAGGUCUAAUGCUUUAAUAUUUAAUAAUGUAUGUCCUCCAAAUUCAUAUUCAUUAUAUAAAUAGCCCCGUUUAAUUUUGUCUGGCUUGCCGUUCCAAAUAAAAUGGAAUAUUUUUUUCUCAUAUAAUUUAAAAAACUGUUAGCUAGGCGUAGGCAAGACCAUAAGCAAAUAGGUAAACUGGGAUAAUACUAAAGCGUUAAUCAGGGUGAUCUUUCCACAAAUUGACAGGUAUUUACCUUUCCAUGGUAGCAAGAUCUUAUCUAUUUUUGCUAACUUUCUAUUAACAUUUAUUGGAGUGAGAUCAUUUAUUUCAUUUGGGAUAUGUAUCCCGAGUAUAUCCAUAUCACCAUCAGACCAUUUUAUUGGUAAACUACAUGGUAAUGUAAUUUAUCAUAAUUUGGUUGUAAUCCAGAGAGGUUAGAAAAUGUAUCUAGAUCCUCUAUGAGGCUGUGGAGGGAUUCAAGUUAUGGAUUUAAAAGAAAACGUGAAUCAUCAGCGUACAAUGACACCUUUGUUUUUAAGCCCUGGAUUUCUAAUCCCUUGAUAUUAUUGUUGGAUCUGAUUUUAAUAGCUAACAUCUCGAUGGCAAUAAUAAAUAGAUAUGCCGAUAGUGGACAACCUUGUUUUACUCCUCUUGACAGUUUAAAACUUUCUGAGAAAUAGCCAUUAUUUACUAUUUUACACCUAGGGUUACUAUACAUGAUUUUAACCCAAUUUAUAAGAGAUUGUCCAAAAUUGAAAUGCUCCAGGCAUUUAUAUAUAAACCCCAGUCGUACUUUAUCAAAUGCCUUUUCGAAGUCUGCUAUGAAUAGUAGGCCUGGUUUCCCAGAUUUUUCAUAGUGUUCUAUUGUUUCCAGUACUUGCCUUAUAUUAUCUCCAAUGUAUUGCCCAUGUAAAAAACCUGUCUGAUUAGAAUGAAUAAUGUCCAACAAUACCUUUUUAAUUCUAUGCGCUAUACAUUUUGCUAGAAUUUUUGCAUCAUAACACUGAAGUGUAAGGGGCCUCAUGUUUCAGUAAUAAUGAAAUCAGACCUUCUUCUUGAGUGUCUGAUAAUCUACCAUUUACAUAGGAGUGGUUAAAACAUGCUGAUAACGGUCCUCUGAGUAUAUCAAAAAAGGUUUGGUAUACCUCGACUGGUAUGCCAUCCAACCCUGGAGUUUUCCCGGACUUAGUCUUUAAUUGCAUCCAGAAGUUCCUCCUCUGUAAUUUCACCUUCACAUGAGUCUCUCUGCAUGGCUGUUAAUUUUACAUUAUCAAUAGAAAGAAAAUCUCUACAAUUUGCUUCAGUUAGAGGAGAUGUAGGCGACUGAAACGAAAACAAAUGCUUAAAGUACUUUGUUUCCUCCUUAUAAUUUGGUGAAUCAUGGAUGACUCCGUCAUUUGUAACCAGUUUCAAGAAAUUAUUUUUGGUAGCAUUCCUAUGUUGAAGUUUAAAAAAAGAAUUUGGUGCAUUUUCCCCCAUAUUCCAUCCAGUUUGCUUUAUUUUUAUAAUAUAUUACACUUGAUCUUUCUUGAAUAAGUUUCUCCAUUUCUUUUUGUUUUUCAUCUAAUUUAUUCUGAGCCUCUGUUACAGUUUUUAUUGCUAUCUAUCUGUUCUGUUAGACCUUCUAUUUCCUUUGUUAGUGUGGACUCUUUUCACCUAAAUUGCUUUUGUUUUCGAGAUGAGUACUGAAUUGCAUGGCCUCUAAAGGCACAUUUAAAGGUGUCCCAUACAAUAAGGGGAUUUGCUGUACCUGUGUUAUGUCGGAAAAUAAUCCGUUAUAAAUUCCUCUGUCCUAGUUAAAAACAAGUUAUCAUCCAAUAGGCUUUGAUUACAUUUCCAAUAUCCUCGCCCACGUGGAAAUUCAGUAAGAGUAAUGUAUAUGCCAAUUAUAUGAUGGUCCGACCGCAUUCUGUCCCCUAACAACACUUUUUAAACUUUUGGUGCCAACGAAAAUGACAUAAGAAAGAAGUCAAGACGACUAGCUUGAUUGAGUCUCCGCCAUGUAUAUCUCACUAGAUCAGGAUAUUUAAGCCUCCAUAUAUCUACUAGUUCUAAUGUAUCCAUGACAUUCACGAUUUCCUUAAGAGCAUGAGGUUGAUUGUUUGUAGUGUGAUUUCCUUUACGGUCCAUUGAGCUAUUUAAAACGGUAUUAUAAUCUCCCACCAUAAUAAUAGAGUCUUGAAUUGCUUGCAGAGUUGAUAAUUUAUUAUAUAUAUUGUCAAAGAAGUGUGGAUCAUCAUUAUUUGGUCCAUAAAGGUUAAUGAGCCAUAUCUGUUUAUGGUCCAAUAACAUAUUUAAAAUAAUCCAUCUACCUUGCGUAUCUGUUUGGACAAUUUGCACAUUCGGAUCGAAAUUAUUGUUCAUUAAUAUGAUCACCCCUUUUGAGUUUCUUUGCCCAUGGGAGAAGUAUAUUUCACCCCCCCCCCCCCCCAUUCCUUUUUCCACGCAACUUCAUCUAGAAUUGUUGAAUGAGUUUCCUGUCAACAAUAGAUAUUAUAUUCCUUCUCUUGGAGCCACUGACAUUUACUUACAACCACAGGAUUCACACAACAUUAGUGUUUGAGUUUGGCAAAGUUAUGUCCCUAUGGAGAUGAGUAGCCUACAUUUUAUUUCUAGACAGCAAGGGCUAUUUAUAAUUUUAGGUGUUCUGAUUUUGUGCUUUUUGAUGCCUCUGGCUCCAUGUAAAGUGUCAGGGUUUUAUAAUGUUGUUUUCUCUAGAGUUCAAUCUUGUCCAAUGUCCUAGACUACCAUUGAACAGUAGUAUUCCAGUUUUGAGGUGUCAAUAAUCUAGACUACAGGGUAGGACUUCGGGUGACUAUGUUGUUGUAGGAUGCAGAUGGCAGGGUCAUGGAGAUCUAGGUGACCGUGGCGGAUGUCUCAAACGCCAGACUCCAGCAGCUCUGCGAUGUCUGUAACACUGCUGCUCUCACUGAGAGACUUGUCUGUCUGUUCCACCUGUCCUCUCUGAGCACCUUAAUGUCCAUAUAAUGUUCCCUCCCCAGGAAUAUGUCUGCCUUUGCUGGUACUGGUCUAUUUAUUUCCUCUUGCUGCCUCUCAGCUGCCUGUGACUGAUGGCACCAACACGGGGAGGAGGGAAGUGAAGUGCGUCAUCGUUUUUCUCCCUCCGCUGCUAAAAAUAACCCAGCCCUCCAAUUGCAUUGGCCUGUGUUUCCACGGCGACCGUGGAAAUGUAAUUCACAGCUUUCUGCUGGCAGAGGAGAGGGGUGGGGGGGUCACAACGGUGUAUUGAGUUAAUAUCUCUCUUUCUUUCCAUCCCCCACUCUCACACGCUCAAUCUAUUCCCAUACAUAACUUCACAUCUCUGUAGUAUCUCUCCAUCUAUCCCUCUCUUUGUCUCCAUAUCUCUUUGUCAGUGUCAGUGAGAAGUUAUUGUUUUAUCUCUGCCUGCGUCACAAUUAUAAGUGUCCACAGUAUCUUUACCUCAUCUUCUUGGUACAUAAUGGAAACUGUGUGACCGCCCGAGGGCACAAAAGGAAAUAACACAUUCCGCCCUUCAAAUCAAUCAUGAUCUUUUCCUCCACUUACAGACUGAAUCUAUAAAUGCUAUUCUAAGAAUAUGGCUUUGUAAGCAAAUGCCUGAAUGAAUUGAACAAACUCAGUGCUGAAUUCGUCUAACCAUCCCUACCACCCUCUGUGUGUGCAGAUGACUCUGGAGACGAGGCCCCCGUGCCCCAGCCUGACCGAGCCCUGACCCAGGGGGCUCUGAAGACCCUGGCCAGUAAGCUGGACGACCUGAGCACCUGCAACGAGCUAAUCGGCAAACACGGCGCCGCCCUGCAGCGAUCCCUCAGCGAGCUCGAGGACCUGCGCGCAGCCACCGACGGCACUGACAAACUCAAGACUGUCAACGAGCGUGCCACACUCUUCCGCAUCACCUCCAAUGCUAUGAUCAAUGUGAGGACCGACUCACUUUGCUAACACUUUGCUAACAUUUCAGUACAACGCCUACUGGCUACUUCAAUCGAUUUUUCAGUAUGACCAAUGCUAGUAGUCAUCCUAAUGCUUUAAUAAAUACAACAAUAAGAACUCUUAAUGCCAUGAUCAAUAGGAGUUUAUUAUAUUUGACUGUGUGGUGUAGCUAUGAUCUGUAACGUUAGAUGUGUCAUUGAUAUAUUGUCACCUCUGUGGCUGCCCGCUCCUCUCCUCUGUAUGGUCGCAGGCCUGUCGGGACUUCCUGGACGUAGCAGAGACACACAGCCGGAGGUGGCAGAGAGCCCUGCAGUAUGAGAAAGAACAGCGCCAUCACCUGGAGGAGACUAUUGAACAGCUAGCCAAGCAGCACAACAGCCUGGAGAGGGCCUGGAGAGAGGACCCCAGCACACACCCAGGUCAGAGGCACACACACACACAAGUCUGUUCUCUCCUCUCAUAUUUGAUAGUGCAACUGAUUAGAAAACACUAUCAAUGGUUUAAGCUCCUACCGUAAAGGUAGUUUGGUGCAGUUUAUUGCUUGGUAUGGAUUGGAAUCUUACAAGAAACUGGCCCUCCUCUGGUCAUCCCUGGCACUGCAUUCAUAGUGUGACGUCGCUGGUGUAUCUUUCAGAAUUUCAUUUAUCGGAGCAUAUAUGCACUCCGGUUUGAGAAUCAGAUCUAGACAAACAAAAACACCCUAACUCAAAAUGUAAUUAUCCUGUGUACCUGGCAGAUGAAGGUGAGAGGACGCAGGAAGGAGACGCCAGUGAUGAGAAUGAAGAUACAGAGUUCUUUGAUGCCAUGGAGGACUCCCCUGCCUUCAUCACAGUGACCGCCUCUGACCACACCCAGCACAGGUCAGUCAGGGUCACUGGGAUGAAACCCUGAUGAAGGAAGCUUGCUGUUGAAACGUUAGUUAUUACAUUUGUUGCGUCGGAUUCAGAACCAUGAUAGUGUGUGGCUUUUCUUUCCUUUCCUCAGUCAGGGUCACUGACCUUAUCUCUACUGAUCAUGGGGCCAAGUAGAGUUCAUUCAUGUAGCUAUGUAAUAUGACGAUGCUAGCAUAAUUCAUUAGACUUUAUUAUGUAUAAUGAAUUCAUUUGACUGUGUUUUGUGUAUAUGGUAGUCAUAGUGUGUUUGUGUUUCAGACGCUCCGGCAGUAACCAGAGUAUCAUGAGUGGAGGAUUACCCAAUAAUGAAUGGAGCCACAACGAGAAUGUAAGUCUGCAGAUUGAUGCUUUACCACAUCUUUACAUACAGAGCUUUAGUAAACCAUAGACAACGUUAUCUUACCUUAGGGCAGGGAUCAUCAACUAGAUUCAGUCGCGGGCUGAUUUAUUUUCUUGAGUGGAUGGUCGGGGGGCCGGAACCGAAUUACAAAUAAUUUGUAGACUGCAAAUUAACUGCAAGAAGCCCAAACAGAUAUAAUGUUUGACUAAAACAUAAUAAUUUUAAACCUUGCUUACAUUUGUAUACGGUCUCUCUAUAAUGUGAGGGAAUACUUUUUUUUUUUGCUCAGAAUAAUAAAUAAUAAUAUGCCAUUUAGCAGACGCUUUUAUCCAAAGCGAUUUGGGGGGCCAAAUAAAGCCGCCAGUUGGGGAACCCUGCCUAGGGGAUGGUAUGAUACAAUACUUUAGGAUGAGAUAAGAUUAGUUGAGGUCUAUCCUAUAAUACUUCAGCUUACCUAACUAACUGUGGUUGACCAUGCAUGUGUUCCUCAGGACUCUGGCUCCAACAACGUGCAGCUGCGUAGAGUUAGACGGAGCCGCAUCCCAAACAAACCCAAUUACUCCCUCAACCUGUGGAGCAUCAUGAAGAACUGCAUUGGCAAGGAGCUGUCCAAGAUCCCCAUGCCUGUAAGAAAAACGAGAACUGAUUAUGCGGUCUGUACUAGUGUUUGCAUUAUGUAGUGUUUGUGUAUUAAAUGCAAGCUCUAACUCCAAUGCGUCUGUGACCUCAGGUGAACUUCAACGAGCCCUUGUCGAUGCUGCAGCGUCUGACUGAGGAUCUGGAGUACAGUGACCUGCUGGACCGGGCGGCUCGCUGCGAAUCGGCCCUGGAGCAGAUGUGCCUGGUGGCAGCCUUCUCUGUGUCCUCCUACUCUACCACCAUCCACCGCACUGCCAAGCCCUUCAACCCCCUGCUGGGGGAGACCUACGAGCUGGACCGCCUGGACGACUUCGGCUACCGCUCCAUCUGCGAGCAGGUCAGAUACAACACACACACCGGAACACACAGGCUCUCUCUCUCUCUGAAACACUAAGAUGCACAGAGACAGACAGAAUGAAGUCUAAAGCCCCAACGUCAUCCUCCUCCUGCUCUCUCAGGUCAGUCACCACCCCCCAGCCGCCGCCCACCAUGUGACGUCACAGCGAGGCUGGACCCUGUGGCAGGAGAUCACUAUCGACAGCAAGUUCAGAGGGAAAUACAUCUCUGUAAUGCCAUUAGGUGAGCCCUGCAUACCCAGUACAUGAAUGUUCCUCCAAUAUGCACAUACAGAAGCAUGUCACAUAGCUAUUUCAAAUCCAUCUUAAUUCGACAUUUCUCAUUUUGUAUAAUGCUGUUUAUUUUAAUUAUCUUUCUCUCUAGGCUGCAUCCACCUGCAGUUCCACUCCAGUGGGAAUCACUAUGUGUGGGGCAAAGUCACCUCCACGGUGCACAACAUCAUAGUGGGCAAACUGUGGAUUGACCAGGUGAGUGUCUCACAUAUUUAAUGUGUGUUUGUAUAUUUGUGUACAGUCCGUUUGUCCCUAUUGUUUGUAUACAGAUAUAGGAUCAAAUAAAUUAAAAUAAUCCUGCAGCAACAGGAUUUGAACAUUUAGUCCUUAAUGUUACUUGAUCGGUGGUUAGGCUAUUAGCUGGCCAAAAGUAGGCUACAUGAAAAGUGCAAUACUGUUAAUGUAACCGUGUGGGGUUUUCAGUGAAUUUAUAUAAAUCACAAUGUUCUUCUGCAUUUCCUGCGGCGCAGGACAAUUCUCAGCAACAAAACAGUGAUCAAAUGAAGAUCCUACAUCUGUAUGUGUGCGGCACAGGAGGUUGGGGGCACCUUAAUUGGAGAGGACGGGUUCGCAGUAAUGGCUGGAGCGGAAUAAUUGCAAUGGAAACCAUGUGUUUGAUGCCAUUCCAUUCGCUCCAUUCCGGCCAUUAUUAUGAGCCGUCCUCCCCUCAGAAGCCUCCUGUGGUGUGCAGUGUUGUGCAGAAUCUGCUUCACUCUGCUCUCUCUCAUUAUGUCUGCGUGAAUCAUCAGGUCUCCAUGUUUGCCAAAAACACAAUCCAAUCUGUUUUCCAAAGCUAAUUUCCCCCAGGAGAAUCAUCAGCCUGAGUCGUGGGAUAAAUAGCCUGUGUUUUUCUCUCUGUAGUCUGGGGACAUUGAAAUAGUCAACCACAGGACCAAGGACACCUGCCACCUCAAGUUUGUCCCUUACAGUUAUUUCUCCAGAGACCUCUCACGCAAGGUAACUAUAUGGUUUCCCCUGUGCCCUCUGGGUCUCUGUACUGCAUGCAGACUGUUUGAAAAAACUGAUCUGGAAACAGUGGCAGUCCUUCCCACAUCCUCAAUGUCUCCUCCCUCCUCUGGUGUUGACUCCAGGUGACAGGGGUGGUAGCAGACAGCGAGGGCACGGCCCAUCACAUCCUGUCUGGGACCUGGGACGACAAGAUGGAGAGCGCCAAGAUAGUGGAGAGUAGCCGGGGAUGUGGAGGGUCAGAGGGCAAACAGAAGACCGUCUACCAGACCCUCCAGCCCAAACUGCUGUGGAAGAAAUACCCACUCCCGUAAGAUCAGCCUGCCUGCAUAUUAUGAAGUCAGCCUUAUUUAUACAAUCAUUUUGAUUCCUCUCCUCCUCUUGCAUCCUUGCACCUCUUCUUACUCCCACCUCACUACCUGUCGCUACUAGCCCUUUCCCUCUCUAUCCAUCCUAUCUAUCUGUCUCACCUCAGUGUCUUCUCUCCUCCACUCCCCAGGGAGAAUGCUGAGAACAUGCACUUCUUCUCCUCCCUGGCCCUGACCCUGAACGAGCCCGAGGAGGGCGUGGCCCCCACUGACAGCCGCCUGAGGCCGGACCAACGGCUGAUGGAGGCGGGGCUGUGGGACGAGGCCAACGCCCACAAACAGCGUUUGGAGGAACGACAGAGGCUGGAGAGGAGGAAGAGGGAGGCACAGGCCACACAGGUUCUGGAAGAAGGUGAGGAGGGGAGUGAAAGGACUAGAUAAAAGACAUCUCAAGAGAGAUUACAGUAUAGAAAUUAGGAAGCGAAAGUUGACAAUUGCAAUACAGUGUAUGUCAGCAAGAUGUUACCCAUAUUGAGGAACAUCUGUGUAUGUUUGUGUCUCUGACUCCUUAGGCCAAGACAUCGAGGGCUUCCAGCCACUGUGGUUCGAGAGGAGGACAGAUGAUUCAACGGGGGAGAGCACUUACGUGUACAGGGGUGGAUACUGGGAGGCCAAAGACAGACAGGACUGGAGCCAAUGCCCUGAGAUCUUCUAA